AUGUCACGGACCGAGGUCAUGUCUUUCUACCCUCCCGGCGCCGUCAACGGCCGCCUCCACGGCUUCGAGUUCACUUUCGAAGCCAUCCCCGACAAAUCAUCCCUGCACGACAGCUUCUUAGAGCCCGAUCCCGAUCCUCAUGAGGGGGAAACCGACUCUUUACCAGACAGCGUGGAAUGCUUUCCGCGACACUUCGGGCGGACGUAUCACGCUUACCAGGCCGGCUCUUAUGUCUUCCCCAACGACGCAGCAGAACAAGAACGUUUGGACCUACAGUCGCUCGCUCUCACAGAACUCUUCAGUGGCAGGUUACAUUUCGCCCCGAUCAAUGAAGAAGCCUCGCCAAAACGGAUCCUCGAUGUCGGCACGGGAACGGGGGCGUGGGCCAUGGACAUGGGCGACAGCUACCCGGAAGCCCGCGUCAUCGGAGUCGACCUCUCGCCGAUCCAGAGCAACGCAGUCCCGCCAAACGUUCACUUUUACGUCGAAGACGCCUCCCAGCCGUGGGCAUGGCCUGACCCCUUCGACUACAUCCACACCCGCGUCCUCCUCGGCUCGUUCGGGGACUUCAAAAACGAAGUAAUCCAGCAGUCCUUCGACUCCCUGCGUCCCGGCGGCUGGCUCGAGUCCCAGGACUUCAACGUCGAGGCCACCAGCGACGACGGCACCCUGGCGCCGGACGGCCCGCUGUCCCGCUGGGUCUACGACAUGAACUGCGCCAGCGAGCUGAUCGGGCGGCCCCUGGCGAGGGCGCACCUCCUGAAGCAGUGGUACGAGGAGGUCGGGUUCGUCGACGUGCGGGAGCGCGUGUUCAAGAUCCCGCUCAACGGCUGGGCCAAGAAUCCCAGGCACAAGCACGUCGGGAAGCUGUGGGAGCAGAACUUCCUCGACGGGCUCAGCGGGUUCAGUCUGGCGUUGUUCACGCAGGUGCUGGAGCGCAAGCAGGAGGAGGUCGAGGUCUCCUUGGUUGGCGUACGGAAAGACAUCAGCAACAUGCACAUCCACGCGUAUCAGCACGUCUGGGUGGUUUGCGGCCGAAAACCGUACCCCGAAGAGACCGUGGCGGCAUCGACAGAGGACGACGACAUGGCCGAGUGA